AUGAGGCGAGCCCUGUCCUCUCUGGAGCUCCUCCUCUUCCUCCUGGCCUUCCUCCUCCUCCUCUGCUGCGCGGGCCUGAUCGGUGUCUCCUGGGCCGGCCUGCAGACGGAGGGCGUGGCCCCGGUGAUGCUGAGGGGCCGCAUGUCCAUCACGGAGGGAGCGGCGUUCUCCGAGGAGCUGAGCGACUCCCGCUCAACGCUCUUCAAGGCGUUGGCCUACGACGUCCAGCAGCUGAUAUCAAAGGCGUUGAGUCACAGUGGUUUCAAGACGUGUCAGGUGUUAUCCUUCAGACGGGGCAGUGUGGUGGUGAACUUUGACCUUUGGUUCAAUCAACGGAUCGAUGUGAACGAAGCGGAACAGCAGCUGGGGGCGGGGCUUCAGGAGGCCGCGGCGGGAGGAUUGGUCAUCGACAGAAACAGCAUUCAGAUCAAAGACCAGGAGAAGCUGACCUGUACCUUUGAGCAGGGCAUGUGUUCCUGGAGGCAGGACGAGGACCACGAUGGAGACUGGAUUCGAACUCGCGGCGCCACGUUCCCCCCGCUCAGCGGGCCGGAGGCGGACCACACGCUGGGCACCAGCGCAGGUUUCUACAUCGUCACUCCUCUGAGUCCCGGCCAAUGGCUGAAGAGCUUUAGGAUUCACAGCCCGCCCCUCCCCCCCCCCGCUCAGCCCAUGUGUCUGAGCUUCUGGUUCCACAUGUGGGGGGCCGAGGUCCAGCGGCUCCGGGUCCUGCUGGCCGGCGCCGUGGUCUUCCAACGAGACGGGGACUACGGGGACACCUGGAACUACGGCCAGGUGACCCUUGACCUGACCUCCCGGACCACGGUGGUGUUUGAAGGGCUGAAGAAAGGAGGGAUGAGGAACGACAUCGCUCUGGAUGACAUCACACUGACCUCUGACCCCUGUGGCCCCGCCCCCCCAGAACCAACUAAUGUACCUCCUCCGACAACCAUGCCCCCUAUACCUGCUGACUGUGGAGGACCCUUUGACCUCAGGGAGCCCAACGCCACCUUUAGCUCACCAAAUUACCCAGAAUCCUACGGGAACCAGGCUCAGUGUGUGUGGACUCUGCACUGCGGGGCGGGCCGAAACAUCCGGCUCCACUUCCUGGACUUCGAUAUCGAGGCGGCGUACGACGUCCUGGAGGUGCGAGACGGGGCGGGGCCUAACUCCACCUUGCUGGCCGUCCUCUCCGGCAGCACUGGCCCCGCCCACGACCUGUUCUCAACAGCCAAUCAGAUGACACUGUGGUUCUACACGGACAGCUCGGGUCACGGCCGAGGAUUCAGAGCCAACUUCACCUCGGGGGUCAACCUGGGGUCGCCAGCUGCGUGUGCAGCCGGCCACUUCCUGUGCCGGGCAGGAAGCUGUAUCCUUGGUAACGCCCAGUGUGACGGACAGGCCGACUGCCCCGACGCCUCCGAUGAGGCCGACUGUGUCGUGUUGCCGGGAAACAGUUCCAGUCGUCUUCAGUUCCAACUCGUUUCUUCGCUGCUCACCGUGUGCGCCGACACCUGGAACCCUCACCUGUGUGUCUGCACCUGUCAGUACCUGGGAUACAGGUCUGGGGAGACCACGUUGCUGCCGGCUCGGCCUCAAGAUUCUCCGUUUACCUCCAUCACGGUCUCCAGCAACGGAGCUCUGGAAACCAGUAUCAGGUACUGA